AUGAGCAUCUCGGCGGAAAAGUCCACUUACCGAUGGUUUCAGCCCUCGAAUAGGCAAUCGGACGACGAUCUCAAGCUGAAGAAGUCGACAGACGACGCACCGGUGGCUUUAAGCUUUCAAGAACAGGCGCGCCAGCGCUCAAAAACCGAAGAAGCGACUCGCGCCUCUGUACAGGCUUUGAAAAAACGAGCAAAGGAAGCUCGGAGGGCCAAACUCGAAUCAAAGACUCGUAACGUCGCCGAACCUCUUGAGGAUGCCCUGCAACUACCAGAGUCAAUAGUAGAAUCUAAUGAGGAAGAGGAGGAGGAGUCGUCAGAGCCCCUGACCAAGAAGGGCAAGUUCAAAGACUGUGAUGAAUUCCAUUUGGCUGACACCUUUGACUUCCGUCAGUACCUUCCGAAAGAGAUGCUUGAGGAGGAUAAAGAGGAGGAAGACGAACAGGUUGGUUCGGAUGAUGAGGCAGACUUCGAGGAGGAAGAGAUGUCUCGUGCAAUCAUGGAGGGAUACAUAGACUCUGACGAAGGAUAUCAUGGCAGCGAUGAACAGAGGCCAGUCAAGAAAGGCAAGAAGGCAAAGUUAGAUAAGGCGAAGGCUACUGUCGACUCGCAAGAGACCAAACCAGCCAACCGCAGAGGCGGUCGUCGAGUACGAAAGAAACAUUCCGCAGUGCCCAGGGUGGUUAUCCUGGACCGCACUGGCACAGAGGCAGUCCGCGCCAGAACAGACGCCUUUGUUACCGAACGGCUCUUCUCCCCCGACGCCAAGGGUCCCUUCAUCCGACGCAUGAAGCCCACCACCUUAGAGGCGCUCUCAGCCAAGAAACGGAUCCCUUUCAAGAAAAAGUAA